AUGGCUGAAGAGCAAGAAGAUUUCAGCAAACUACCCUUGGCCGACCGCUUCGUCCACAAGAACUGGAAGGUGCGCAAGGAGGGUUAUGAAGCUGCUACAAAAGAAUUCAAGACGGCGCAACCGAGCGACCCCCUCGUCAAGGACUUCAUAGCCGACUCCAACAUCUGGAAGGGCGCUGUCGCCGACGCAAACGUCGCUGCUCAAGCAGAAGGUCUCAAUGCUCUGAACGCUUUCCUUGAAAUUGCUGGCAAACCUGGCUGCACUCGCACUCGCACAUCCACAAUCCAGCCCAUUGUCGAAAAGGGUGUGACUGGUCGUCCUGCCGCAAAAGCUGCUGCCAUCGAAGCCCUCCUUCUCUACAUCGAACUCGACAUAGCCGAUCCUGUCAUCGAAGAGCUUAUUCCCCUCCUUUCUGCCAAAACUCCCAAGGUCAUUGUCGCUGCACUGCAGUCUCUUACCGCCAUCUACCAUGCAUACGGCUGCAAGACAGUUGAACCCAAGCCCAUUAUUAAGCUCCUACCUAAAGUCUAUGGUCACGCAGACAAAAACGUGCGCGCCGAAGCACAAAACCUCACAGUCGAACUCUACCGAUGGCUCAAAGAAGCUAUGAAGCCCCUUUUCUGGGCUGAGCUCAAACCCGUCCAACAGACGGAUCUAGACAAGCUGUUCGAGAAGGUCAAGGACGAGAAGCCGACACAAGAGAGACUGCUUAGAUCUCAACAAGCAGCACAAGAGGCUGCAGAGGAGGCGAACGACGCCGCAGCUGAAGAUGCUGGAGAGGAUGAAGAUGGCGCGAUCGAUCUGGAGCCAGAGUUUGAGGCUGUUGAUGUCAUGUCAAAGGUACCGGCCGACUUCAGCGAACGUCUCAACUCGUCAAAAUGGAAGGACCGCAAGGAGGCUCUUGAUGAGCUCUUCACCGCCGCCAAUCAACCCGCUAUCCAGGAAGGUCCCUUUGACGAUGUUAUGCGUGGUCUUGCAAAGAGCAUGAAGGAUGCCAACGUAGCUUGUGUCACUGUGGCUGCAAACUGUGUUGAAGUGCUCGCCAAGGGUUUGAAGAAGAGUUUCUCCAAAUAUCGUUCCACCAUCAUGUCGCCUAUGCUCGAGCGUCUCAAGGAAAAGAAGCAGUCCGUUACUGACGCUCUUGCUGCUGCUUGCGACGCCGUCGUCUCAGCUACUGGUUUGACCGAUAAUCUGGAGGAGAUGCUCGAAGCUUUCAAGCACAAGACUCCUCAAGUCAAGCUCGAGUCUGCCCGUGUGCUUGUACGCUGCUUGAAGAACCUCAGAGAGGUGCCACCACCUACUGAGCUCAAAUCCAUGGCUGAUGCAGCCAAAACCCUGCUAGCAGACUCUCAAGCACCGCCUAGAGAAGCAGCGGCUGAAAUCCUUGGAACUUUGUGGAAGAUUAUGACUGAUCGCAACAUGCUCCCUCAUCUCGAAGGAAUUGACGACAUCAAGAAGAACAAGAUCAAGGAGUACUGUGAUAAUGCAGAAGUCAAGGUCAAGUGGAAGCCCAAGGCGGCCCCUCCACCUAAAGCUGCUGCACCUCCCGCAAAGAAGCCUGCUCCUGGAAGACGUCCUGCGCCAGCUGUGAAGAAGGCUGCACCUGCGCCAGUCAGACCUGCUACACCAGAGGAGCCUCCAGCUGCUGCGCCGCUAGCCGCUCGCCCAACUAGCAGACCCGGAGUGAAGCCAGGCCUUAAGUCAGGACUUGCCGCACCUGGAUCAAAGAUGAGAAAGCCUGGUUUGGCCCCGCCAGCCGCUUCACCUCGAAGAGUACCUUCUGAAGAUGUCGAGAUGUUAGACGAACCGCCAACACCCGCACCUGCACCUCGCUCAGGACUUGCAGCACCCCGUAGCCUUGCUGCCAGACCGCUAGGCAAGCCAGCAAACUCAUUCAACCAGAGCACGACUGAACCUCCUCAAGAAUACGCCCCACCUCCUCAGGCAGCUCCAUCAGUGUUGAGCUUAGCGGAAAGAUCGGAGCUCUCAGAUCUGCGUUCAGAGGCCGAAUAUCUUCGUUCUCAAAAUAGCGAAUUGAGAACUGACAAGAUGAGACUCAACAGCCAGAUUCACGAACUUCAAAACCAGAACGCACAACUCAUUGAGGACCACACUCGUGACGUGCUGGGUAUCAAGGCUAAGGAGACACAGUUGGUUCGCGCGCGAAGUGAUGCUGAAGCUGCCGAAGAACGUGCAGCCAGUCUCGCACGCGAAGUCGACAGACUGAAGCGUGAAGUGGCUCGUUUGGGACGUGUGGAACGCGAUCACAGCCAAGAUGUUGAGAUGCACAACAGUGGCUACUCUGAGAGCAAUGGCGCCAACGGAAUGAGACACUACGAUACACCCAUGGGUGGUAUGGGUCCGCCUCGACCUCAAUUCGGACGUCCUGGCGGCGGCAUGUCAUAUUCCUCUAAUGCACCAUCGAUGGACCACUCAAGCAGCGGCCGCGCUAGUCCCGCGGUUUCUGGCUUGCAGCGCAGCACUAGUGGUAGCAGAUCUGGUAGUACCAUGGAGCAAAGUUAUGGAGCAGGUCUGGGCGCAGAGUCUGGUAUGCAACGAUCCUCAGUGUCGAGGACACAAAGCGGUGAGGGCGCAACUGGUGGUGUCGAGAGCUGGCGACGUGCUGCUGAGGUGACACAAAACCUGAAGGCUAGAAUUGAGAUGAUGAAGGUAAGUCCACAUUUCCCACCACGAUUCAAGGAGUAA